AUGUCCGACACGAGCGGCAAUCUCCGCAGCCUCGUGGAGGUUGUCAUGAUACCUCACUGCUACCACGACGAGAAAGAAGAUCUGUGGUACGAUGGCUCCGAGCGUAUGGCAAUCCAUGGCGUCGACGUCGUCUGGCCGCUGGCGCCGGCGCAGGCGGCGUCCUUGCUGGAAGCUAGCCCCGACAAAGCGACGCUCUUGCUCCCGCCGUCGGCCAUCACAUCAAGCAUGUACGUCGAUCAAAGCAGUCAUGAUUACUGCGACAUUGUCUGUGGAUUGAAGCUCGACGCGCGCUAUGCCUACGACUUUGCGCAUUUCGCGAUUGAUGGCGUCGGGUCGGCGUCGGCGCUGGUGCCGACUCCUGCUUCGACACCGGGAAUGUUUGCGACGCUGCUCUACUUUGUGCCGUCCGACUGCAUUGGCGGCGCCGUCACCAUCACGUACGAAGACCAGACGAAGACGUACGAGACUCUUGACGGACACUCGGUCGUCUUCUUCAACACGUGCCACGUCGCGGUCGCACCGAUCACAUCGGGCACCCGCGGCAUCUUUGUGCACCGCGUGAGCUACGAGGACUACUAUGAAGGUGACAACUUGUGUUUCGCGCCCCCGCCGCUGCCGUCCAAGGCCGACAUUGACGACGCGAUCGAGAUGCUGGGCGAGCAAGAGUACUGCGUCGUCCACGUCGAGCUUGAAACGCGGACCGCCGCGCCACAGUAUGCAACGCUGACGGGUCGUGACAAGGCGGUCGUCGACUGGCUUCUUGCGGCGGAAAUCUUUGACAUGGCGUUCAUCACGGUGAGCGAUGCGACGCUGAACGAGCGUUGGGUCCCGCCCAUGGGGACAGCCAAGGGCCGAUGGGUAGAGAACAAUGGCUCGGACCGCGGGAAGACCAUGCGGAAGCUACCCGACAUCUUCCAUCCGCAGUGCGCGACGCCAUCGCGUCUUCAAGCCGCGUGGCGCUUUCGCCCGAUCGCGUACUUUAUCGAGGAAGAGGCGAUCGACAUUGUCGAUGACGGCUAUCACCCGGUUUGCCUCGUCUUUUGGCCCAAAGCGCUCCGCUUGACGCUGCUCGGUCUUGUCCGCACCGUCGCUUUGCUGCGUGAUCACGUCGACGGGUCGUGCUCGGACGACUUUGGGUUCGGGUCUACCCAAGCGCUCUUUGAAGCCGCUGUGCGCUUCUUCACUGGUGCCGAGCCCGGUCCGGCGCAGCUCAAUCGCUCGAGUCGGUUGGGCAUGGCAAACGUUCUCUUUGACUAUGGCGACCGCACGCUCAUGGCGGACUAUCUGAGCGGCAUGCGAUGGGACGAGCACGAUGUCGCUAUCGUGCCGUGGGUGGUCUCGGUCGUCCGCCGCUUUGGCUUGCCGGCCAUGACGGACGCUUUUAGCCGCCUGGACGUUCAGACGUCCGGUUCGUUCUGGCGCAAGGUCCUUGAAGGCAUCCGUGCUGACACGCCGUCGUGUGAGCGCGACCUCGCGGCGUGGCUCUAUGAAAACGACCUGGCGCCGAGUACGCGCGCUCUUCUGUCGGCGCGUCUGCCGGCCGAUGUCGUCGACAAUAUCGUCGUCAUGACGAUCGACGUGGCACCGCUCGUGCAACGAUUCAAAUACGAACGCGGGCUACCGGUCGCCUUGUGGUCACUGCGUGCGACGCCGCUGCCACGCCCACUGCACGACGCCUACCUCGACUACGCGCUGCAACUCCACAAAAGUGAUGUUGACUACUACGACGAGGCCGCAGCCCACUUGCUCUUGCUGACGAUCGGCUCACGACGCUUUGAAGCUGCCGACGCGCUUGCAUCGACGCGGCGCGCCAGGCCCAAGUUUCAGCAGACGCUAGCAAAGUUGGAGAAACGAGGCCAGCUCACCGCGGCGCAAGAACUGAUCCUCGACACCUACCUCUCAAGUGUUUAAGUUGAACGACACGGCAACUCCAUAGAAUCACAUUUUAUAGACAAUAAUGUCAAGAUGCGAUCGGAGCAAUCACAGCCGUGUUGUCGUUGGAUUGCGACAGCACGUGAUCAAGACAAU